AUGUUUCUAAUUUUUGAAUAUAGCGAUGUGUUUACAUCUGUGAAUCGUCUUCAAAAGUGUAAACAUACUUUUGGCGAAAUGGAUCCAUCACGGCGUCAGCGAACUCAAACUAAAGCAACAGCAGAAGAACAAGCUCUUGAUCAAAUUGCCAGAGAGCUAGGUCAGUUAAGGGUGAAUAGGGCGGGCGGCUGGAGGGGUUUCGUUCCAACGGGGAGCGAGGGGGAUUCCGGCGUCAACGACCGCCACUCGUUCGUCUGCGAUCGCGAGAGAACGUACCUUGCAUCUGUGAACUUUCCCCAAUUACAUAAAACUAAUCGUCGAAACGUGUUUCUUAAUUUUGGGUAA